AAAGUAGCAAAAAAGUUAUGUUAAGUGACUGAACCACACCAUGACAGGUAAAGUGUGGAAAUUCUGAUGAUUUGGGACACCAAUGAAUCUUGGCAAGUAUGGCUAUUAAGUCAAAAAUCACUUUAAGAGCACAACAUUAAAUCCUCCAGGAAGAUCCCAAUAAAAACUUCUGUUAAAUCAGUGUUUCCCUGUUUUCCUUCAUUGUUUUACAUACAUUAAUGUCUCUAUGUGUCUCAAAAGUAUAACCAUUUAAAGGCUUACACAGGCUAAAUUUGAAUUCACUGGUGGAGCAUGCUGAAGUUGGUGCAUCUGCUACAACAUGUACUUCUGCUCCGUAAGAGAAAUUCAUCCGAUUAAAAUGAACUUUUAGAACAAUAUGACAGUGAUAUGCUUUGUUAUUCUGCUUCACAACUUUGGGAAUGAUAACAAUGUUGUGGACAAUGUAAAGCACUUCCUAUCGUCUUCCCAAGUCAGCAUGCUGCUGGAAUUAGGAACUGAAGAAGUACAUAAAAAAAUGCAGGAGAUUCUCCAGAUAUAUAAUCCUCAUACUUGUUUAAAGGAGGCAGCUUUAUUAGAUUACUAUGUCUCAGGAUUCUUGUGGGCUAAAGAAGUUAACCUUCCAAGCCAGAAGAUAUCAAGUUUCAUGACAAUCCUUCACAUGCUGUUGGAUAAUAUCAAAAACAAGCACAUGUCUCUUGUUGAUAAUAUAAAAGAACUUGCAAUCGCAUUGAAGGGUACAGAAAAAUCCAUCUCCACAAGUUAUGAACUUGAUGAUAUUUUUACUGUGGAAGAAGCAGUGUAUAUUGUUGACUACUUUAAAUACAGUUUAUUUCAGCACUACAGAUUAUACGAAUUUCUCUUUCAUCAUUCAAGAAAGGAGAUGGUUUUCAGCAAUGAAGAAAAUAUUGAGAUAUUCAAAAUACCUCAUUCUCUAUACCCUCUCCCACUUGAGGAAGGCAUGUCUCAGGAUAAAUGCAAUUUGCUUCAAGGUGUUGGGGAAGAAAAGCAACUAGCAGAUGAGGAGAGAUAAAUGAGACCCUUCAACUGCAGGAAGAGACCUACACAGCAAGAAUAGUGUGUCUUAUCAAAUAUGGAGACUUUUCUCAGUUUGGAUACUGUACUCGAUCACUUUUGUGACAUUGUUUCCACUAUGUAACUCAACAUAACUAAGGUUCUUUAGAUUUCAUUGCAGUUUUGCUAAAAUACAUACAACAAAAUAAACAAGUUUUUUCAAGUAUUUGAUUUUACUGAUGCAGAUGAAGCACCUUCUGAAAGCUGCUGGUCAUUUUCCCCUAAUUGUAAGUUCUAUUUUGGCACUUUGGCAACACAAGGUAAAACCAUGGAGACUUAAAAGGUCAAUUGUGCCAUCAGCACUGACGUAAAGAGGAGCUCAAAAUGCUGCAAUAGCUCAAUCAAAUAUCCAGGUAUGUUUUUGCAAAUGGGACCAGUUUUUUGGGUUAUGUGUGAGUGUUGGCAGAGAUAAAAUAUGUUGUCACUUUUAUACUGUCAUAUAUUUUUUGCAUUUAUUUUUAAUGCCAAUGACAGAAUGAAUUUUUUGGAAUAAAAAAAUACCUUGACUUGGACAGUGAUUGAA